GUGCAGAAUGAAGGUCCCAGGAGAAAGGCUCACGUGGUCUUCUCUGCCCCGUGACGUCACUAGCAGAUGGCAUGGGUACCAGCUCUGGCAGUUGGCAUCAAUGUCACUUUUUAGAGAUCAAUGAGAUAGUGCAGAUACACACAGAUCUAGGCUCCAGGAGACGAUGCGACAUUCAGACUGAAAAGAUUUGGAAGGCAAAAAAUGAAAACUGAUUGUUGAAUGAAAUAAAAAGCUAAGGUAACUUAAGAUUGUAGAACCAUGUUAACACUACCCUUUGAUGAGUCUGUUGUAAUGCCAGAGUCCCAGAUGUGCAGAAAGUUUUCCAGAGAAAGUGAUGACCAAAAGCAAAUUAAGAAUCCAGAAAGCUUUUCAAAGCAGAUCGUGCUCCGAGGCAAGAAUAUUAAAAGGUCUCCUGGAGAAGACACAGAAAAGGAGGAGGAAGAGGAAGAGAGGGAAGAGGAGGAUGAGAACGGUUUGCCAAGGAGAAGGGGCCUUCGGAAAAAAAAGACGAGCAAGAUAAGAAUGGAAAGGAUCAAAUUCAGGCGACAAGAAGCCAAUGCUAGGGAGAGGAACCGGAUGCACGGCCUUAACGACGCGCUGGACAAUUUAAGGAAAGUGGUCCCUUGCUACUCUAAAACACAAAAACUGUCCAAAAUAGAAACUUUAAGACUGGCCAAAAACUACAUUUGGGCUCUUUCUGAAAUCCUGCGAAUCGGCAAGAGACCCGACCUGCUCACGUUCGUCCAAAACUUGUGCAAGGGUCUGUCGCAGCCGACUACAAACUUGGUGGCGGGAUGCCUGCAGCUCAACGCCCGCAGCUUCCUCAUGGGCCAGGCCGGCGACGGUGGCCACCAUGCCAGGUCGCCCUACUCCACCUUCUACCCCCCCUACCACAGCCCUGAGCUCGGCACCCCGCCGGGGCACGGGACUCUCGACAACGCCAAGUCCAUGAAGCCCUACAACUACUGCAGCGCUUACGAGUCCUUCUACGAGAGCACGUCCCCUGAGUGCGCCAGCCCACAGUUUGAAGGUCCCUUAAGUCCUCCCCCAAUUAACUAUAAUGGGAUAUUUUCCCUGAAGCAAGAAGAGAGCUUGGACUAUGGCAAAAAUUACAAUUACGGCAUGCAUUACUGUGCAGUGCCACCCAGGGGUCCCCUUGGGCAGAGCUCCAUGUUCAGGUUGCCCACAGAGAGCCACUUCCCAUACGACUUGCAUCUGCGCAGCCAGUCUCUCACCAUGCAAGAUGAAUUAAAUGCAGUUUUUCAUAAUUAAUGAGGAAAAUGAAAAUAAACAGUGGUCAUUCACCUCCCCAUCUAAUUAAGAGCAAGCAGAUGCUUGGGCACCGUGUAAUUGGCACAACUCUAUUUAACGUGUUUACUAGUUUCUAAAGUGUGUUUCAACUAUUGUGGGGAUUUUCUAUGUAUUAAUAAAUCCUUUUUCUGAUAAGUAUUUUUUCUUUCUUUUAUUUUUUUGUCUGUAAACACUGUGAGAUUCUGUUUCCUUUUUUUUUUCUUUGAUUCCUCCUUUUCUUUUCCUUUUUAUUUUCCCAUUUACUUGAUUUGUUCAGCAGUGUGUCUGAACAAUAUCAUGGAAAUAAAAGCAUACACUGUGUAAAGUCAAUGUCUAUUUUGAUUGUACAGUAAUUAUACAAAUGCAUGUUACUGAAAUCAGAUUAAUAAAAAUGAUGUAUUUAUAAUUGGUAGAAAUUAUAUAUUAUGUAUUUGAGGAGAACUGAACUAAAAAAGAUAUUCAGAACUUUAAAGAAAUUAUCUGAGAACUGAGAUGGGCUUGCAAUAUGCAGAGGUGAGAGUGCAGCAAUAUUGAAAGCUAUGCAAAAAAAAAAAAAGAAGAAAAAAAUGAACAGUUUUUUCGGUUGUUGUUUUUUGGUAAGCUACAGAAAACCAGUGAUCAACACUGAGAUUAUUUAACUUGACCUUUAGAGUGUUGCUGGCAGGGGCCACAUGCUAAUAUUUUAGAAGAUGUUGUCAACAUUUUGCCUCAGUUUUUCUGAUCAUAUAUAAUCAGCACUUUUUUUUUUGUAUUAUUCUGACUUCAGAUGUGAAGGUUUGUUAUAACAAUGUAUAACUGUGGUUUCUCACUACGUAUUUUAAAUGCAAUUAAAUAUAGAUGUUUCCACUUUUAAAAUACAUCUACUAGCUGUGA